UCUUGAUCUGCUUUCUUUUGCCUUUGGGUCUUUCUUUUUUAAUCUUGUAGACCCUAAAUUGACAAUAUUAGCAUCUUUCAACUGAAAUUUCUUUAGUCGGAGGUAAAAGUGGUAAUACAUAGGAUUAAAUUUCAUUUGUGAUGAGUUUCAUCUUGAGAUCUUGCUCCAAUUUGAGCUCUGAUUUUUGCUCCGAUUUCGAGCUCUGAUUUCUGGUGUUUCGUGCUCUGUUUGAGCUCUGAUUUGUUCUGAGUUCAUGCUAAAAUGAUAACUAAUGGGGCAAAACUGACUGCAAUGAUGUACCCCCUCCUUAUCAGCUCUAUGAGCAUUAUUGUCUAUUUGAUCACGACUCUCUUUGCAACUGACUUUUUUGAAAUUAAGGCAGUGAAGGAGAUUGAGCCUGCACUAAAGAAGCAGCUCAUUAUCGCUACUGCACUUACGAAUGUUGGAAUCACUGUUGUUAGUUGGGGAGCUCUUCCAGCUUCCUUUACCAUCUUCAAUUUUGGUGUCCAGAAGGAAGUGAAGAACUGGGAGCUUUUCUUCUGUGUUGCUAUUGGUUUAUGGGCUGGUCUCAUAAACUAGUUUCAGCUUGGCUACGAUGUAUGGUAUUGUUGUUGCUGCUCUUGGAUUGUUGAGCACAAUUGCCAUUGGCAAUUGAUGCUUAUGUACUUUUAUCUUUUAUUUGAUGCAUAUUUUGUGUUAUGAUGAUGGGCUAUUUUUAAAAUAUACAGCCAAAGUUUAUUGCAGGAAUAUAUUGGCGAGGCAAUAUAUUGCAGCCAACAUUGCUAUUAUAAACUUCAUGGCGAGGCAUAUAUUGAAAAAAGGGCCUUUUCUGAACACAUUUUCAUGAAUUUCUUUUGAGGCAAUAUAUUGCAAUAUAUUUGAGGUAUGUUUUAUGUGCCUGAGUGUCAAUUUGUUUUUCAUCCUGCUAUUCUGUGCAUGGUUUCAGCUUGGCCUUUGUUUCAGCUUGGCUCUUGAUUCAUGAUUGGUUUCAGUUUGUAUUAUAUUAUGUGUAAAUUCCAAGGUUGGAGUUGUGGAGCUCAAACCUACUAAUCUUUCAGUUUGAUUCAUGAUUGGUUUCAGUUUGCAUUAUAUUGGUUUCUAGUUUUAGUUGUGUGCAAACUAAAUUUCCAACUAUAUUUGUUUCAGUUAAUUGACCUUUGGUUUCAGUCUUGCUCUCCGUGUAAUGACUUGGCCAUGAUAUGUCUCUAAAUGCUCUACUUAUUUGUGGUUCUAACAAAGUUCCCUCAUUGGAUUUGGCAUGAACUUAUAGAAGUAGGAGGAUCACCUACUUUGUGAAAGAUAUGCUGAACUGUGCAGGUUCAAACAGGUAUUCAAGUUCUCCAUGACAAACAUGAGAUAGUUGAGGCUCAACUCCAGCUAGCAAAGCUACAUCAAUCUUCUUCCAGAGCACCUUAAUGUGAACUGACAGAGAAUGGGCAAGCAAUGGACCUUAAUGUGGUGCUUGAUAAGCUUAUGAACGAUGGAGGAGGGGAUGAUCCAGCCUCAAAAGAUUUGGUUUGGUCGGUGAUUGUUUGUUUGUGCCUUGGCUUUGCGAUUUGUGUAUAUACUCUCUUCGAAUC